AUGGAAAAAAAAAUGGAAAAUACAAAAUAACCAGAAAACUUGUUCGACUCGAAACAGCCGAUCGGGGCAUAUAAAGCCCGAUGAACGACAGUCGAUGUUGACUAUAGUAGCGAAGCGGACGUUCAACUAACCAAAUAUCCACAACUAUAAUUAUGGCUAAACUGGGCUUUGUCUUUCUCCUGCUGGCCGCCUGUGUGGUUGCAGCACUGGCUGCUGGUGACUGCCCAUCGUCCACCAAGGUCUUGAACUGUACCCCCAAGUGCCUGCACGACAGCGAGUGCAGCACCAGUGGCGGUAAGUGCUGCCCCAAUCUGUGCAACGGUCGCAGCUGCGUGCAACCCAACCUUCUCAGCAAUUCCGGAGCCGACAAGUCGCCUUUUGGCAGCAAGAACAGUGGCUCUUCUGGCUCUUAUUGUGGCAAUGUCAAGUGCGGCAGCUUCGAGAAAUGCGAAAUGGAUCGCAGCACGAAGCGACCCAAGUGCGUGCGAUCUUGAUAGCCUUGGAGCCUCGUGUAUCCGCAUUAACACUGAGAGAAAUGCUUACUCACUUAGAUAUUCACAAAAAUGACUUGUUAUAUUGAACUUGAUUAGGCCCUGCCUGUUUGAAAUAAAAUGAUAUCUUAUCUAUUCUGCUCAAA